GCCCCCGCCAUGGCCGCGGCGCCGCCGCCGCUGCUGCUGCCGGUGCUGCUGCUGCUCCUGCCCGGCGGCCGCCGCGCCCUGGAAGAAACCCUGAUGGAUACGAAGUGGGUGACGUCCGAGUUGGCGUGGACGGCUCAUCCAGAGACCGGGUGGGAGGAAGUCAGCGGUUACGACGAGGCCAUGAACCCCAUCCGAACGUACCAGGUGUGCAAUGUGCGGGAGGCCAAUCAGAACAACUGGCUCCGUACUCAGUUCAUCCAGCGCCAGGACGUCCAGCGAGUCUACGUGGAGCUGAAAUUCACUGUACGGGACUGUAACAGCAUCCCCAACAUCCCGGGCUCCUGCAAAGAGACCUUCAAUCUCUUCUAUUACGAGUCGGAUACAGAUUCUGCCUCUGCCUCUAGCCCCUUCUGGAUGGAAAACCCCUACGUCAAAGUGGAUACAAUUGCCCCCGAUGAGAGUUUCUCCAAGCUGGAGUCUGGCCGUGUGAACACCAAGGUGCGCAGCUUUGGGCCUCUCUCCAAGAAUGGUUUUUACCUAGCCUUCCAGGACCUGGGCGCCUGCAUGUCCCUCAUCUCUGUCCGCGCUUUCUAUAAGAAAUGCUCCAACACCAUUGCUGGCUUUGCCGUUUUUCCGGAGACCUUAACUGGGGCUGAGCCCACUUCUCUGGUCAUUGCCCCAGGGAUCUGCAUCCCCAAUGCAGUGGAGGUGUCUGUGCCCCUGAAGCUGUACUGUAAUGGAGAUGGGGAGUGGAUGGUACCUGUUGGAGCCUGUACGUGUGCUGCUGGAUAUGAGCCUGCCAUGAAAGAUACCCAGUGCCAAGCCUGUGGUCCCGGGACCUUCAAGUCGAAGCAAGGGGAAGGUCUCUGCUCACCCUGUCCCCCCAACAGCCGGACAAGCUCUGGGGCAGCGAUGCUCUGCACCUGUCGGAUCGGCUACUUCCGGGCAGACGCAGACCCUGCAGACAGUGCUUGCACCAGCGUCCCAUCCUCUCCUCUCAACGUCAUCUCCAACGUGAACGAGACGUCGCUGGCGCUGGAGUGGAGCGAGCCCCGGGACUCGGGGGGCCGGGACGACCUGCUGUACAACAUCAUCUGCAAGAAGUGCACCGUGGAGCGCCGGGUUUGCACGCGUUGCGACGACAACGUGGAGUUCGUGCCCCGCCAGCUCGGCCUGACGGACCGGCACAUCUACAUCAGCAACCUGAUGGCGCACACCCAGUACACCUUCGAGAUCCAGGCUGUGAACGGCGUGUCCAGCAAGAGCCCCCACUCCCCCCAGUUCGCCUCCGUCAACAUCACCACCAACCAGGCAGCCCCCUCGGCCGUUCCCAGAAUUCAGCUGCACGGCAGUACUGGCAGCAGCAUGAUGCUGUCGUGGACGCCCCCGGAGAGACCCAACGGGAUCAUCCUGGACUAUGAAAUCAAGUACUUCGAGAAGCAGGGCCAGAGUGACGGCAUCGCGAACACAGUCACCAGCCAGCAGAACACGGUGCGGCUGGAUGGGCUGACGGCCAACUCCCUGUAUGUAGUGCAGGUUCGGGCCCGCACUGUGGCUGGCUACGGCCAGUACAGCCUCCCCGUGGAGUUCCAGACACCUGCAGAAGACGGCUCCAGCGGGAAGAGCUUCCAGGAGUUGCCCCUGAUCGUGGGUUCAGCCACCGCAGGCCUGGUCUUUGUCAUCGCUGUGGUGGUGAUUGCUAUUGUCUGCUUCAGGAAGCAGCGGAGCAGUACGGACUCGGAGUACACGGAGAAGCUGCAGCAAUACAUCACUCCCGGAAUGAAGGUUUACAUUGACCCCUUCACCUACGAGGACCCCAACGAGGCGGUCCGGGAGUUUGCCAAAGAGAUCGACAUCUCCUGCGUCAAGAUCGAGGAAGUGAUUGGAGCAGGGGAGUUCGGGGAGGUCUGCCGGGGCCGUCUGAAGCUGCCGGGCCGGCGGGAGAUCUUUGUGGCCAUCAAGACCCUGAAAGUGGGUUACACGGAGCGGCAGCGGCGGGACUUCCUGAGCGAGGCCAGCAUCAUGGGACAAUUUGACCAUCCCAAUAUCAUCCACCUGGAGGGCGUGGUGACCAAGAGCCGGCCGGUCAUGAUCGUCACGGAGUUCAUGGAGAACUGCGCCCUGGACUCCUUCCUCCGGUUGAAUGACGGGCAGUUCACGGUGAUCCAGCUGGUGGGGAUGCUGCGUGGCAUCGCGGCUGGCAUGAAGUACCUGGCGGAGAUGAACUACGUGCACCGGGACCUGGCCGCCCGCAACAUCCUUGUCAACAGCAACCUGGUGUGCAAGGUGUCGGACUUCGGGCUCUCACGCUUCUUGGAGGACGACCCCGCGGACCCCACCUACACCAGCUCGCUGCGUCUCUCCCCACAGGGUGGUAAGAUCCCGAUCCGGUGGACGGCUCCGGAAGCCAUCGCCUACCGCAAGUUCACCUCGGCCAGCGACGUGUGGAGUUACGGGAUCGUCAUGUGGGAGGUGAUGUCCUAUGGGGAGCGGCCCUACUGGGACAUGUCCAACCAGGACGUGAUUAACGCGGUGGAGCAGGAUUACCGCCUGCCGCCGCCCAUGGACUGCCCCACGGCGCUGCACCAGCUCAUGCUGGACUGCUGGGUGCGUGACCGCAACCUACGGCCCAAGUUUGCACAGAUAGUGAAUACGCUGGACAAGCUCAUCCGGAACGCAGCCAGCUUGAAGGUCAUCGCCACCGUCCAGUCCGGCGUGUCCCAGCCACUCCUGGACCGCACCGUGCCGGAUUACACCACCUUCACCACCGUGGGCGACUGGCUCGACGCCAUCAAAAUGGGACGGUACAAGGAGAGCUUUGUCAACGCUGGAUUUGCAUCCUUCGACCUGGUGGCGCAGAUGACAGCAGAAGACCUGCUCAGGAUAGGGGUGACGCUCGCAGGACAUCAGAAGAAGAUCCUGAGCAGUAUUCAGGACAUGAGGCUGCAAAUGAACCAGACGCUCCCGGUUCAGGUUUGACCGCAGGAAAUUUUGGGACUGGAAUGGACUGAGGGAAUCUGUCGAUAAGAUUCUAGUUUGCGGUGCAACCCGGCUUCCUGUUUCCCCUUUGCGUGGAGCUUCUCGGCCUCUGACAGUCACACGGGAUGGGACACGCCUCCCUGAAUCCAAGGCACUUGGGCCGAGAGGGAGACCAGCCUUGUGUUUGUGUUUGGAACGGAGCCGGCGAUGCAGUCUUCAUAUUGAAGACAGAUUAUCGGAUGAAGACUUCACCCCCUCUUCCUGCCCCAUCUCCGCUGCUCGCAGUGCCGUGGGUUCAGGAGUUGUUCCGCUUCUUGGAUUUCUUUAACCCCGAAGUCGCAAACGUUCUCCUCCUGCUACGCGCCUUUUGGAGACGCUGCGGGCGCUUUCCCAAGCUCUUGGCCUAGCGAGGGAGAGGGGGUUGUGGGGAUACAAGCAUACACAGCAGCUGCACGACCGUGAAGGGCAUGGAGCGGGGUCCAGCCUGGCCUUCUCCUGUGCAGCCCCAGACAAUCAUGUCCCCCUGCUGCCCCCAUACAGGGAUCUGCACUGGAAUGUGUCGGAAGGGAGGGUAUCGGUCCGUUUGGCUCUGGAUGCCGGAAUCUGAACCCAGUGAGAUUACUAUGCAGGGAGUUGGACAUACCAACUCCAGAUCUCUCGUCCCUCUUUGUUUUAUGGCCGAAUCUGGACUGCGGAGAAAGGCCAUCAGCGCGAGUUUGCACAGGGACCAGGGGAGCAAAGGCAGCCUUGCUCCUGCUCAGCCAGAGUUCGGAGAGGCGGCGGGGAGGCCAGGCCGAGCUGACUGAAGAGCCUGGCUUCUCCCCAGUCUCAUGUUUUAUGCAGAAGGAGCGGGUCUUGUCAGAGCGCGGCCAUCUCUGCAGAGCCUCUCCUGACACCCGCUGUGAUUGCUGCCAAAAGACUCUCACUUCUGCUUCUUUGACUCUUCCUGGCCGCUCGGCUCUUCCCGAGCGAGCGGGAGAGUCCCAGCGCGAGCGUGUGUGCGUGCAUGUGUGUGCGUGUGUGCUGGCCGGCUGGGUGAGGGCACGGGCAGAAUAAAGGCAAUAAGAAUUUUA